GUGGAUGUCUGUAUGUGUGUGUUAGUUUUUGUGUUUUUUCUUUCUUAUAAUAAAUUUCAUACCAAAAAAUCUGGUUUUAUUCCCGUUUCCCGAAAUUAAAUUGGUUUGUGUCCUUUUUGGAAAAGGACAAAAAUAAGCAGUGAAAUAUACAAGUGUUAAACUCCAGCGAGCCGCAAUUGCAUCUCUAUUUUUGUGACUGUCGUCUCUUUUUGUGUCAUCUUUUACAACAAACGUGGGAAGAAAACAAGAUUUUCCACUAACUAACACAAUCAAAACAAACUCCAAUAAAGACUUACAAAAAAAAAAAAAAAACAGUUAAGGAGUAAGCAAAAACCAAAUGAAAAAGAGAGAGAGCGAGAGAGACAGUGAGUAGGAAAGUGGAACGCAUUCGUGUGUAGUAUUUGGGUGUGCAUUGUUAUACUCUAAAAGAAAAACUCUGCACAAGAAGUGUUGGGGCAGAAAAGCGUUCACAAAAAAACGAAUUAAAAAUGAAUUUCGAAACAACCGGACUGUAAAAAAGUGAAAAAAUUGUUCAAAAACAUCUAAAGAAAUUGGACAACUCCAAAUGUGUUGUUAAUAAUUGUUUUUUAUUGUUUUUUCCCUUCCAAAUCAAAAUGCCAUAUACCUAAUCCAUCAUACAGCAGAAAAGGAUAACUCGGUAUAUAAAUUGACAUUUUUUCUUUUGUGUAUUUCGGAGUUGCAUCACUCUUUUCUUUUUUUAAGUACAAACAACUAUAUAAAAGUGUUUGUGUGUGUGUGGGUGGUGUAAAUAAUAAAAAAAAGAAAAACCAAGUUACCAGGAAUUUCAUUUUACCAACAAAAAAACGGAAAAAGGUCUAAAUUUCAAGAUGCGUUUAAAGUUCUCGAAUGGCUGCGUUUAAUAACACACAUUGAGUGAAAUAUUAACUCGCUACCAAGACCUAAAUAAAAGCAAAAAUAUAUGAAACCAGAAUUAUAACAUGUAAAUAAUAAGCGGAAUUCAUAGAAUAAGAAGAAAAUCUUAUAAAAACAUCAAUACUCUCGAAAUAUGCAUCUUAAAUUAAAAUUUUUUAAAGGAAAUUCAUUGCCACAUAUAGGCACUGUAAUUGAAUCCAUUAUCAGCAAUACUUAUAUCGCCAGAUCUAACUUCAUCACAAAAGUAUUUCUUCAGCGAAGAAAAUUUCUUUGGCAAUCAUUUAUGCCAUUAUCAUCAUCAUAUGAGAAGAUAGUUAUGCAACGGUUAAAGUAACUUUUUGAUAAAGUUAUGUUGCCGCUUGAGUUUUACGAUAGAACAUACAGAAACUAAAAUUUGACGAGAACAAAACAAUUCAAGCAUUAAGAAAUAAGAUACAAUUUAAACAAAAUGUCGAUUAUUAAAAUCAACUGUGAUCUAAACAAUUAUUAUAGUACUACUAGUGGUAUAAGUCAGCGAAGAGAUGUAGCUAAAAAACGUCUCAGAUUGUUAGUCGUGAAGAAAAAAGACGAUGACGAUGAUAUUGAUGUGCCACCAACAACAACAACAUCAACAUCAACGUUACCAAACUUCAGAAUACAAUCCAUAAUCCAGGAUGGGGAUACAAAUCAACAACCUGCAACAACAACAAAACUAAAAACAACAGAAACUGAAACGGCAGUAACCCCGCGACUUCAGCCAUUAUCAACAGCAGCUAAUGCUGACUUACCUUAUACUAAUGAAAAUUACCCAUUUACGCCGCCAUCAUCAUCAUCAACAUUAACAUCAACAUCGUCGAUAUCAAAAACAAAGAGAUUUGUUACAACAAAAGUUUUUAGAAGCAGAUUUCAAAAUACAUUACAUUUAAAACUUUCAAGAUAUCUAGGAAAAUAUUUAUCGUUAAACUGUCUCUUCAUAAUAUUUAUCCUAAUCGAAUUAUAUGCGGUGCGACCGGUGUGUGGGCUUUUAGUUCUUGAUCCUAUAAGCUUAGAUGGUGUUGCAAAUUCAAAUAGUGAUAUUGUUAGCAGCAGUAGUGGGAUGAGUAAUCAUCAUCACCAUUCGCACAAUGGAAGUAGCAAUGGUAGUAGUAACAACAAUGCUGGAGGUGGUGGUGGAGGAGGUCAUUAUUUAGAUAAAUUAGACAAUUUGGAACGUAGUGUGGCAGCAGUAUUAAUAAAAGUUGCAUAUGGUACUACGUCCACUACAAAACGCAGCAUACCCGAUAACAGCUAUGUACCGAGUCUUACAACAGUCGCAACACCGCCAUUAACAACCUUACGUUAUUUAGAAAAAUCAGCACAUCAACAGCAAAUAAAUUUACAUCAUCGUAAUUAUGAAUUAGAUCUAGAACGGGAUCACGCUCUUCCGACAUCAGCUCCAAAUGCCGAUAUCUUGAAAAGCAACAGUAAUCCAACCUAUCCAAAUCCAAAUAGGCACCAUAAUCAUGACCGUGAUAGGCAUCGGCAUCUUUUAAAUUCAACACCAUCGCCAUCACUACCAAAUAUACUGAAAAAAAGCCAACCAACUAUUCCUAUGUAUCCUGGAGAUAUGCCAUCGUAUUCGCCACCAGCUCGAUCAUUCUUUACACCACCAUUACCGCCAGAAUAUCAAAAUCCUUUUGCUGAUAAGCCCACAUUACGAGGUACUAAUAAUGAGGGCGUUAUUGUUAAUACUGGAACUUAUAUCAAUCGACGUCCAAUUCCACCACCAAGUUUGAUGCCUGGACAUGAACGGAUACCAUUUAGGCCACCUGAUUUGGGAGGUGGUUCGAUAGCCAUUCCAAGUAAUCCAAUUAGUGGGGAUUUUCCAGCCACUAGCCACAAGCCACAGCAGCUACCAUUAGAUCAAGAGGUGCAGCGCAAAAAAGCAUUGAAUACGCCUUCACAGAAAGUUGGAAAUAAUCGACUUGGUAGCGGAAUUGAUACCUAUGGAGAUGGUGCGGUAAAUACCGUUCCAUUGUCCGAGAUAAGCGAUACCAUUCAUAAUCCCAGGCAAGAACAUCUACCUAGUAUUCGCCGUAUCUUAUCCGGUUCUAAUGGUCGUAAGGAAGAUAUUCCUGAGGUUCUGCUAAAACAGGUUACCUCGAGGCCGGCUUACAAUCCUCAACCACCGUCAUCUCCUGUAGUUGUGGUUCAGACUUCUCCAGAAAAUAUGCCUGAUGAUAACCGAAGUGGCAAUAAUCAAAAUCCAAAUAUAAACCAGAGUAAGAAUUUUGAUUUGGCAGGCGGUGGUAGUGAUAGUAGUGAUGACAUUGGGGAUUCCAACGAACCGGAUGAUCUUGGGCUAGAUCAAGAUGAACCGAAGACACAACCAAAAAUAAAAAUGAGUACUAAGUCAACAGAUAGACCAACUGCUGGUGGCGGAGGUAGCAAACAACAAUCACAACAGAAGCAACAUCACCUCCAUCAAAACGGCCAGUCUUCAUCAUCAUCGUCUUCAUCAACAUCAUCGACAACUGUUUCCUCAGCAACAGCUUCAUCAUCUUCGUCCUCGUCCUCAUCGUCGUCUUCGUCGACAAAACAUAAUACGGCCACCUGGUCGGUGGCAUGGAAUAUCCAUGUCUAUCUUUCCGUCAUUCUUUUCACCAUUUUAGGCGUGUAUUCAAUAUUUAAGAUGAUCUUUUACAAUAAGCUUACUCAUCUCUUUAGUCAAUCCUAUUUCAUUUGCAUCCAUUUGAUUCUGAUUAUUAUUUGUAGUUCGCGUAUUUUCUACUUGUGCUACGACGCGUAUAACAUUCACUCUACAUUUCAUAUUUUCGUAUCAGAAAUUUUGCUCAAUUUGCCGGCAACAUUUUUGACCAUCUCAUUUUCGGUAUUAAUAUUGUUCCUGCUUAUUAAGAGUCUUAAUCACAAGAACAAUCGGUAUUCCGCUCUGAUUCGGCCACUGACUGUAGUUGUUGGCAGUGGCGUUCAUGUCGUCCUCUGCAUUACACUACAUUAUGUCGAAAGCUACACAACAAGUCACAGCCAACAGUACUAUUAUCAGCAACUUUAUCGCAACGGUCUCUACCAGCGAGUGGCGUCCACAAAUAAUAUGGUUCUGCAGCAGCAUCAUUUACAACAACCAUUGCUGCAUCACCAUCAUCAACUAACCAUUCCGCCGCCCCCACCACCGAGGGUACUCUCGCUCAUAUGCCAAAUCAUUUACAUUUUUAUAUGUCUCAGCUUAGGACUGUUGUACUUGUAUAUUUAUCGAAUCCUGAAAAGGAUUCUCCGAAGCAAGAGCCAGAAUUAUAUUCAUGGCUUCCAAAAUCUCUCAUAUGCUAUUCACAUAACAAUUGCAACUGCGUUAUUGUUUGUAUUGUUAGCAGCCUUACAAAUAUUCGGUGCCAUAAGUAUUUCGACCACACGUCCCCUAAUCACAUCAUCAUCUGAUAUGGACUGGCUUCAGUGGGGCUACCAGUUUUCUUUGCGUUUGAUCGAAAUCGCUAUUAUUACCCUGAUGUCCUGGGUUGCUGGUUUGAAAACAAGUGGUGGUGGAGGUGGAGCAGUUGUAGGUGUCGGUGGAAUGGGUGCAGGUGGCGGUGGUAUGCAACGUGAGAAAAAUGCGGACAGCGGGCAUAAUGUGGCAGGAUUCUUUUUGCCUUGCACGUCGAGUUCUAGCCAAGAACAGUUCGAAACAGACUAUCCUGCCAUUUGUAAUGCCAACACCAAUUUGCAUACUUAUACCCUGCGUACAGGAAAGCCUAUAUAUGAUGACACAUUUGCGUUGAACUCAUUAGGUGGCCAAGGUUCGAUGGGCGGUGGAUCACAGCGAAACGAUUUUCAACUGCAGUCAACGAAUAACUUUGUUCGUCCUUAUGACACAGGAUCGUUGCAGUCAGGUAGUGGUAUUGGCGGCCACAUGCACUCACGUCAACAGAUCGAUGCCCAGAGUGGCCACCAUUCUGAUUUCUUGACCGAAACACAAACUGAUCAUUAUGAAAAUCCGAACUUUGAGCUGCGCUCGGCAAGUAAUCGGAUACCUGACCAGCACCAAUAUUCGGAUAAUUGUUAUUCUGAACCUUUGAAUGGUGGUGGUAGUAGCACGAGCGGCUAUGAUUUCUCAAAUUUUGAGAGGCCGAAAUUCGGUGGUGGGAUUCGUGAGGGCAAUGUUCCAGCUGAAAUGAUGAUCGAUCGUCCUAUGUCAAGGAACAAUGACCGUACUUCGAAUUCCAGCCGUAAUCAUCAUCGUGCGAAUUUAGAUCGAACAAAUUAUGAAAACCCCGAGAGGCGGAGUUCAAAUUCAACACAUUCCUGCACUAGUGCACGAUAUGCAACCUACAAUUCCUUUGACAGGCAUGGUAUUGUACGGAAAAGUGGAACUCUUAACAAUAUUGGUGGCAUAAUAAAUGGUCGCAAUGGAAGCUCGUCAUCUGCUGCUUCGUCUUCAUCACGUCCCUCGGGUGUACAAACGCUAAGCGCAGCAAAUCAUCAUCCCCGUGGCGGUGUUAUGAAUGGUUCGGCACGAAUCCUGCGAUCCGGCGUUAGUGGUGGGGCUGAAUUAAUGAUGAUUGAUCCAAACCAUCCGCCACAUAGCCAACAUCAACGCGAUUCGUCCGAAGACCAACGAGAGAUGCCAUCGCAUCCACAUCGUGGUGGUGCUGGUGGUGGAGGACCUGGCGGUGGUGUUGGUGGUGCACCAAUGAAAGCCUUGAACUAUUAUCGCGAUUGUCAAUUGGAACGAAGCAAUAGUGCUGCAGUGCACCAAUAUAUUCUACAGUCUGACGACGACAUGGUGAUUGGUAGUAAUGCAGAGCGUACGAAUUUGAUUAACAGCAGUGGUUCUCGGAGCGGCGGUGGGGUUGACGGCAUGAGCAUGGGCAUUGGUCCAUCGGGUGGGGGUGGCAGCAGUGGAAAUGGUGGCGGUGGGGGCUGCUCGUCAUCAGGCAUAACAAGUAGCACUAGUGGGGGUAAUUUAACAGACAAUGGCAGCGCUAAUUUAGUUACUGCUGAUCGUGGAAACAAUAACUGUGGCACCGGCACCACUGGCAGCUCAGGUAUGGGUAGCAGCAGUGGUGAAAGUGCCAACAGUGGUAGCAUGUUAGUUGCAGAACACGGUUUUGUUCGUUUUAGGGCAUUAGAUGAUAUAAAUAAUGCUCAAGGCGUUGGCAUUCAUAAUGCUUCAAUUCGAACAACAAAGACUGGAGGCAGGAGUAAAGAUAAGCAACGUUAUGCUAGUAAUACAUAGUCGGAGUUAGUAGGUUUCAGUUAUUAGUUUAAGGAUGUUUUAAUUUUUGUACGUUUUUUUUUUUUUUUGAUAUAAUUGUUUUAUUUUCAAACAUAUUUUUUUUAAAAUAAUAUUUUGUAUUAAAAAAUAAAAAUAUGAGGUCAAGAUGGUGUAGAUGGACAAAUAUAUAAAGCGAGGUAGAAUUUUUCAUUUGAAUAAUAUAACUGCAUGUUUUAAUCACUUUUUGCUUUUUAUAAUUUCUUAAAAGCAGCGUUAAAGUUUAUAACAUUUCGGGAAAACAUCGUUGUUUAAAUUUCUUGAAACUUGUUUUUUUUUUUGCAUAUAUCCUUUUAACAAUUUAUAAAAAUCAAAGCUUCAAUUUUAAAUUAUAUGAAUCAGAAUUAAGUAAAUGCUUGACAAUCAAUUGAAAAAGAAAAACUAUAAAAAAACAAUAAUUAAUUUAAAAAAGACUACUUCAUCUUGAUAAUGUAAGUUAUUUUUUCUUAAACGAGAAAUUUAACUUUUAUUCAAACCUUUUAUAGCCCUGGCUGAAUUUAACUAGGUGGUGAGUAGUCGACUACAGUAUAAACAAAGCGGUUUUAUUUCAAAUGAAAAAUAUCAAAAAACCAAAAGUUUUUUUGUUUUGCUUUUGGAGAAACUCAUUAAAAUUUAAAUAAGUUUUCCGAUAAUAUGUUAACCUUCACUUUUAAAGUCCUUUUUCAUUUGAUAAUAUAUUCAAAUUUUUGACAUUCAAGUCUCCUCCUCGCCAGCAGUAUCGAAUUCAUUCGUUUAUGUAUUUUCGUCUUCAUUAUUUAUGAAAUCAUAUUUUAUUUUUUAAUUUAAUUAGUACCUAUUAACUGUAAAUAAAAUGUAUAUAACUGCCAAUAUAUACAGGAUAUCCCAUUAAAAAUGAUCCAAGCUGAAUUUGGUGAAAGGUUAGGUGGACAAAUGGUUUUUGUUCAAAAUUUACUUUUUGGAAAAAAAUUAAAUGUUGAUAAGUAUUCCGAAAAAAUUAAUAAAUCUUACUCAAAUUUGCACUUUUCUUUGUUUUCGGCCUUUCUGAAAAGGUAUGAAUUUCAUCACAAAUAUUUUUUGUUCACUAUUAAUGGUGCUUUUAAUUAAUUUCGUGCGUGGUUUUUCAAAAAUUGUAAAUUUUACAUUAUUAAGACAUGCCUUUAAAAAAUCUUACAGCAAUUCUCUUUGUAAUAUAUUUUCUACGCCGAAAAAGCGAAAAAGUUAAUAAGAAUAUCAUCGCAGUCCCUUCGAUUGGACUAUUUUUUGAGGUUUAAAACACAACAGGAAUUUCAAUAUUUUGUUUUAUUCUAUUGAUUUCAUUUCUACAUAAUAAAACAAAAUAAUUAGGUGGUGUAAUAUAAAUCUAUUUAAGAAAAGUGUUUUAUUAUUUGUAUCCCAACCACUGCACAUGUUCUAGUGAGCUUUGAGCUUAUCUGUAAUAAAAUCAUGCCUUUUUUUGAAACAAAGAAGUAUACAUUUUUAACACUGCACUAAUAUAAAUUUGUAUUUAAACCUUUAAGUUUUAAUUAAUGUUUAGUGAAAUGGAAAUAAGCACCAAUAUUUUACUUACUACAAACUAAUCUGCUUGAUCAAAAUUUAAAAACACUUUAAACCAAAAUCAUUGUGUAUGCGAAAGUAACAUAAGAUCUUUCGAAACAGUCGUUUUUUGUUAGCUACCAAAUUCCAUUAAGCCAGGACUUAACCUUUUAACAUUUCCAGCUUAGAACAUUUUAUAAUGGGACAACCUGUAUAAAUUUAUAUAUGUUUAAAUGUAUGUGUAUAUAUAUUUAUGCAUAUAUAUUUAUGUAUAUAUAUUUAUGUAUAUAUAUUUAAAUAAAUAUAUAUAUUUACGUAUAUAAAUAUACAAAUUUAUAUUGUAUUUAAAUUAAUAUUUUACAAAAAGGAAUCGUAUCUAUAAAAAAACCUCUUGCUUAAAUUUGUUACGCGAUUGCAGUGUUAAAACAAGCAUAUUAUAUAAACUAUCAUUGCAGUAUUAACCGCCCCACAUAAACAAGACAAAAAAACCGUUUUAUGAAAUAAUGUACGUCCACCUUCAGUUUAGUAAAAAAAAAAUAUUACUUUUUAAACGGGAGCCACAAAAAAGUGAGACAGGGAACACAGAAAUGUUCAUAGAAACUAAAAUCAUUCAAGGGUGGAUAAUUAUGUUAUUAUAUUAAGUGAACAAAAAUGAACUGAUUAGUUAAGUCAUCUUCGGUAUUAAUUUCUCCAUUGAUUUUCGAAUAAAACUAAAAUGCACGUGAAAAACAAAAACAAAAAAAAACAAACACAAAUGGAUGCAAUUGACUCAUAUUUUAUUUUGUAUUGUAUGAAGUAGAGAUAAUAAUAUUAUGGACUUUUAUACUUAUUUUAUGAAAUAUUUAACUCUUAAACCCUUUUUUUAAGCCCUUUUUUUAUUAAAUUAAUUUUAAAGUGCAUUUAUACGUAUUGAUAUAUUUACAAAAAUGAAAAACCUAUUGCAACUAUAAGAAACAAAUAAAAAAAAGAAUAAAACAAAAAUAAUAUAGCAUUAAGUAUAAAUAAAAACACAAUUUUUAGUACACAAUUCGCUUUAGAGAUAAUAUGUAUACAUAUAAAUAACACAACAAAUAAGACAAAUAUAUAUAGCUAUUUAGAUUAAAAAAUAAAUAAUAUUUAUAUAUAAACAACAACAAAAUAAACCAAGCUAACAUAAAGAAAAUAAAAGAUCAUUUCAGAGUUGUGGCGCUGCAAAACUUAUACAUAUAUUCUUAGUUAUUAUUUUUAUUUUGCUAUGCUGUUAAAAAAAAAGUUUUUAUUAUUUACUUAUUUAAUUUUAUUAUACUAUAUCAAUUAAUUUUUAUUUUUUUUUUCAAAUAAAAUGUAUGUAUAGAAACAAAACAAAUGAGAACAUAGAAAAAAUUAGUUGCAGAAUAAAUCUUUUAUAUAUUUUUUUUCUACAAAAAUUAUUUAGUUAUUGUUUUUCCUUACUUCUUGAUAUUUUCAAAGUUCAUUGAUGCAUGAUCUUACUUUAUUUAUUUAUAUUCCAUAAUCAAGUCCACAUUGGUUCUUGCUGGUGAGAACGACGAAAAGGCCCUGGAAAUAAACUGUUUCGUUAGAAAUGUGUUUUAUCUUCCAAGGUAUCUCAAUUUAACUUUAUAAUUGGUGGUAUGCCAUUGUUGUCUGUCCAACUUAAGUGCGUCUUAUUUCAUACAUGGCUAUUUUUUUAAUAACUAAUAUUUAGAGGAUAUUCUAAACCUUCCAAAGAAGGAAAGACAUUUACGACUCGCUUUAAAAUUCACAAUUAAUAAAAUAGGGGCUAGCUAAAAAGGCGAUAUUGAAUUGAGAAUAAUUUGCUUCGCAUUUCCUAAUCAGACCGAAAUUAUCCACUACUAUCAAAAAUAUAGAUUCAGGUGUUUUUUUUUUUCUUAAUGCCUCUAGGAUGGUUAAGCUCUGUUUUUUUUUCUUUGAAAUCCAAUUUGAUAAAUGCAUUUACCUCCAACUCUUGAUGAUUGAAGUAAAUAUUUAAUUGUUUUUUUUUUUUUUUUUGUCCAUUUAUAUUCUAUCCCAUAAAUACGAGUAUUUUUGAGCGUCAUAGUUUGAGGGUUAUAGUUCGAACUUUGAAAGUUCUUACAACAUGAUGUUCAGUUAAAAUAAAAUUUUAAUCAAUUUUUGCUUGUUUUCAACUUAAGUUUUUGUCUUAUUAUUUUCUCAGCUGAUUGUCUUGUUUGUACGAUUUUUGUUAUUUUUUUUGUAAGACGAAAGUAAGUUAUUUCUACAAAUAUAUUGAUUAUUUUAAAUGCUGCUCUAAUAAAAAUAUUUAUUUGUCUUUAAAUAUUGGUACCAAACGUUUAUGGGAGACCUUGUUUUUCGACCCAAAAUUAUCUGAAUCAUUUCGACGUCGAAAAAAUGAAAUUUUUUGAAAGUAUUAACUUGUUAUAAAAUCUUACCAUUUUAACUUAUCAAUGAAGAUUUGUUAACGUUAAUGCUGUUUAAAAAAGGCCACACGUAUUACGAGUGAUACAUAAAUAAUUUGUAUAAUAUUUAAAACCACAAAUGUUUAGAGACAAUUGUGAGAAGGGACAAUCUUUCUAUAAUUCUAUGCAUACAGGGUUAAUUGUUCGAGUUAAAAAUUCAAUUACGUUGUAGAGUUUGUCCGUCGUCAUUUGGACAGAUUUUUGGGACCUACCAACAUCAUAUUUAAUUUCUAAACGAUUCCAGAAUGUGUUUUUGCACUUUAAGUUUUGUUUUUUCAAGGGUUUUUAUUUAACAUACAAAAGGAACAGAAAACUAAAAGAAGCUUGAUUUUGUAUAUCGUCUUCAAAUUGGACCGAUUUACUUAAUGGAUUUUCUCAAACAAUGAAUACAAAUGCAAAGUAUUAUUUUUAAGUGUGUGAAUAUUCAAUUUUUUUUUUAAGUUUUAUGGAAUAUUUGUUAGUGAAAUGUCUACAAAUUAGUUUAAAAAUAAAACAAAAAAUAUAACUGCCUUUUCUUACACUUCUAAAAUAAAUAUAAAAAAAAACUAUAAAAAAUACAAGUAUGUUAAAGACUUGUUAACUCACUCAACCAGCCGAAUUAUAUUAACAGGUCGGACUGUUUACAUAAAAAAAGACUCAUGUGUAAAAUUAUUUUAUUUCCAACACUAAGAUUUCAAAAAAAAAAAAUAUUCUAAUAGAUUAAACCUUUUGAAAAUAGAAAAAAUAAAACUAUCUCUUUACAAAAAUGCAUCAAUUACAAUUGUUAGUGCUGUAGACGAAACAAAUAGAAAUUAUAAAACUUGGCAACCAAACCAUGAAAAGAUCCAAAAAUUUAUUAUGGUUUUUGUUUAAUAUAUGUUAUGAUUUUUUAUAUGUGUGUUUUCAAUCGUCCACCAAGUUCUUGGUGAAAAAUAAAACACAACUCGUACAAUACAAAUUUUGAAACAAAAAAAAAACAAUAUUGUACAUUUUUAAUUAAAAGUAUAGAAACAGUUAAUAUUUUUCAAAAAUCAUGUAUUUCUUCACUCGUUCAAUAUAAAAAAACUAAAAAAACAAUAUAACAGAACAGAAAAAGCAAGUUCAAUACAUGCAUUAUUAUAUAAAUAUAUAUAUAUAUAUAUAUAUCAUCAAUAUGCGCUUUUUAUAUAAUACAAAUAAAAGAUAUUUAUUUACAUAUAUUCUUGCAUAAUACAAAAAAAUACAUCUCUAAAUUUUUUUAAUUUAUUUUUUCACUAAAACAUGAAAUUAUAAUGAUUACAAAAAUAAAUAAUAAAUGUAAAAAAGUUUUACAUACAAAAAAUAACUAUACAGAAUUUUAUAUGAUAAAAAAGCCUAAGUACCUACACACUAAACUCUUAAAACUAUAUAUUUAUUUAUUUUUUAGGUAUACAAAAAACUGAGUAGUUUCUUAUUUUCAAAAUUUGGUAUUUCAACUAAUUGUAAAUAAAACAAAAAAAGAGAUCCAUAAAAAAUCAAUCAUAACUGAAGAUUCAUUGAUUGAUUUUAACUAAAACAUUAAAAAAAAGGAAUAAACACACAAAAUAUAAAAUGAUAAAUCACGUUAUAAUAAACAAAAGAAAAAAAAUCAUUCCUCAUCCCUGUCUCUCUUUCUUUAUUAUAAAAAUAAUAAAUAGUAUAAAAUUUAUAAAUAAAUAAAAAAACGAUUUCUUUUUUCUUCUUAAUCAUUAAAUUAUACAUGUAUAUAGAAAGAAUGUAUGUAAUAAUGAAUUAUAUAAACUUAAACUUUGAUACAUCAAAUAUUGAAUCUAAAACAAAAAAAUAUUUAAAUUUUAAAGUUAAAAUAUAUAUUUAGGUAAUAUAUAAACACAUUACAAAAUAAGAAUACGCUACGAAAUAAUAAGAAUUAAAAUAACAAAAAAAAAAAACAAAAAAAAAAACAAUUGUUUCAUAGAUAAUGAAAAAAUGAAUAUUUAUCAUUACAUAUAGGUAUUUCAUUAUAUUUUGGUUAUUUAUAAUGAAAAUAUUAACUAUCCAUAAACAUUUUAAGAGAUCAAAAAUAAGGAAUCAUUGAAUUACAAAAAAAAAACAAAAGUGAAUACCAAACUUCAAGUUUAAUAAUGAAAAUUUAAGAAAUCGUGUGGAUAAAAUAAAUACAAAACAAAAAAACAUUUAAAAAGACGAAUCACAGAGAACAAAAAAUAAAAUUAAAAAAAGGAA